GCGCGCACUUUGAAGGAGAACACGACCGUUCGUGCUGGGUCUACUGUUGAUGUAUUCCACCGCCGACGACCACAAUGGAUCGGCUCCACCGCCCCAGCCCGUUGGCAGCGCGUCGGGUUUGGAGGACAUGCCCACGUACUUUUCCCAGCUCGGCACGGGGACGGAGGACAUGGCGGGCCAGGACACCGACUUUGCCACCGACAUGAAGUCAUUGGUCGCCGACGUCGACUUGAUCAACAGCUUCAACAUGCAGCCGAUGGACACCAUCAACACCUCCACCGCCGCCGCCGCCGCCGCCGCCGCCAGCAACGCUGUUGCAGCUGCUGCCGCUCCCCAAGGCCAUGGACGCCGCGACACGCCCGUCAUUCAGGUGACUCCUCCUGCUGCCAGCUUCGCGCCGGCCACAACCUACAAUGCCUGGCCGCCAUCCUCCACCUCCGCCGCCGCCGACGACUUGGGAUCUGCCAAUGCCCAUGCCCAUGUCGUCGACCCUGCUUUGCUGAGUACCAUGCAUCUUCCCAUGGUCGAUCUGAGUGAUUCCGUGGCGUUGAAAGCACACUCCCCGGCGACCUCCGCCUCGGACGCCAUGUUCCCGUCCAUGGCCUUUAACAACGUCAAUGCCGUUUUUGGUCACAGUGGCGCCAAUUUACAACCUUCCACCGCCCACAUGGACACCACGGGGCCCGACUUUCCCAACCUCGAGGAUGUCACCGGCAUCAUCUCCGAUCUCCAUAGCGCCAGCAACAGCGAAUGCAACAGCGAGUGGAGCGACGUCACCUCGGAAGGCACUCACUCUUCCCUUCACGACUCGGAGCAUGACUUGGAAUUCUCGGGAGAUGAGGGCAUUCGUCGCCAAAGCGGUCAGUUUCUGAGCGUGCCUCUACGCCAGCGCCAGCCCAAGCCGGCUGUAUCAACGGUUCCAUCCAAGUAUGCCUGGCCCACCGACGUGCUGGAAAUGAGCCGUGCCGAGUUUACCAAGCUGACCCACAGCCAAAAUUUGACGGAGGAUCAAAUUGCCGAUCUUCGCAUGGCCCGUCGUCGCCACAAGAAUCGUCGCUACCAAAAGGGGGCUCGUGUUCGUCGUCGUGAGCGACGUGAACGCGGCGAAGUGCCCCACCCCCAGUCCCCGGCACAAAUGCGCCGCGACCUCAACGCCACCACGCAACAACUCCAACAAGCCUCCAACGCUUGUACGGACCUCCUCUCUGCCCUCCGUACGGUACCUGGCGCCCUGCAAGUGGCCCACCAAGUGGCCAACCAACAUCCUUUUCUCCAAGACGUACUCCAAAACCUCUCUUAGGGUUCAAUUCGUACCUCUGGUGCUGGUUUUGAGGCGUUGUCUUUUCUUCUCCACAGCCCGUGCGUGUUCUGUGACACACACAAGCUCAAUUUUUUAUUUGCCCUUCUUUUCGUUGGUUUCUGCGUGAUACUUGCUGCCGUGGCGUUGUCUUUUCCGCCUGUGCCUUCUUUCUCUUUUUUUGAGCGACUCUUUCUGUAGUUCAUCACAUCAGGCUACAUCUCUAUGUCCCAACUUGUGUUGACGCGCGCCGAGUGCGCGUUGUUUGCCCGCUGAAUACCCCUCCCCCCCCUUUUUUUCACUCGGUACAGCGCCAAAAGAAAUUCAAUCCUUGAAUGAG